CGCAGCAGCAGCAGCGGCGGCAGCAGCAGCGGUCUGUGUGUGUGAGAUAGCUGGGUAAAGCUGCCCAUGUGAAGGUUAUUUCCAGCCCCCCACCCCCUGGAUCCCAGCCUGUUAGGAGAUGGCUUGAGAGAACAAGAAGUGGAGCAGAAAUGGAUGGAUGGAGCUGAGCUGUAGAAGGAUGUGGAGCGGAGGAUUUCUUAAGACAAAAAAAGGAUAAUUGUAGGAAUAGAAGCUAAGCAGCAGCAGCAGCAGCAGAAAGCAGCCAGCUCCCCCCUUUGGCUAACAGAGCAGCACACUGAAUGCUUCCCUAGGAGUCACAGACAAGAGGGGGGAAAUGACAAGUCGACUCACAACAACACAGUCAGAGUAGCCUUCUAGGCAGCGUGCUGUUGGUUGGUGGAAGGAUUUGAACCUGUAAGGUCACGAGACAAACGGACGUAGUAGUGUAGACGGAGCCGAGGCAGACGGCCAAUCCUGGAAAUCAUGCAGAACAAUCAGUCCAUUCAUGUGAAGCUAGCAUGAAAUGUCAAGUCAAGUGUUGCUUGUGGUUUGAGGUUAAGCAACUAUUACCAUAAGCCUCAUACUUUGCAUUAGUAACAGAACAUGGUUGUAGUUUGUUUUGGCAAUGAACUAAAUGAAUUAGAGGGGUGAGGGUGAUGUAAAAGUCUUGGUCAGAGACACUUUCCUGUUGAAAGUUCUAGCAGACAUUGACUCGGGUGUGUAAAUGCACACGUUAUUUAGUGAUUCCCAAACACUGCUUCCAUAAUCCAUAAAUACGAUGUUUCUACUUGUGACCCCUCAUCACAAGUCAGUGUUUUCAUUUAAAUACAAAUAUCUUUACGGCUGAAAAUAACAAAAUGUUUGACAAUUCUUCUUUUUUUUUUUGCUUAAUCAUUUACAGUGUUCAAAUAUCAUGAAAAAAUACUCAUCACAACUUCCCAAAGCUCAAGGUGAAAUUUUCAAAUGUUUUUUUCUUUUUUUGUGCAACCCAAAAAUCCAAAACCCAAUGCUUUUUCUUUUUGAUAAAUGACUAAGAAAAUCAGUGAAUCCUUGAAUUUGAAAAGCUGGAAACAGAGAAAGUGUUGCCUGAAAGUGAUUAAUGGAUUGUAAAAAUAAUGGGUCAUUAUUUUUGAAGUAUUUAGGGGGCAUUUUAUUAGAGAACUGACAGAAGAGAUAUGACGAGGAAAUACAGUUACAGGUUACAGAAAAGACCAAAAAAAAUCAGGCUUAUGUGCGGCUGAAUCUCUUUUACUAUCUCCUACCCUGUUAAUCAUCUGGCGACCAUUUGGAUAAAUCUUGCCCUUAAUUUGAAAAGUAUUAUUUAAUCAUAAAUGUCCAUCUCAUUUUGGAGAUACUGAACUUCCUAAUCCUCAAGUACAUAGAGAAGGUCAAAAAGACUUUCGAUUUAUUUUUCCAUUUGAAGAACGAUUUUAUGUGUGAUUGUUUCAUUUGAAUACAUGUAUAUAUUGUUUUUUUAUGCCUUUAGCAGAGAAUUGACAGUGGAGAGAUGACAGGAAGUGAGGGGACAGACAGAUGGGGAACGAUCGGGCUUGAACCAGGGACGCUGUGGUUGAUUAUCAGUGCUAUCUCUUUCUAUUAUAAGUACACAGUAUUUCACUAGAAAAAUGCAGAGAAGUGUAGAGAUUUUUCUGCCCACAAAAAUCAAUUGCAGACCCCUUAAAAUCAUCUCAAGGAUGGAUAGAAGUUUGAUAGAGCUGAAACGAUUUGUUUAUCAGUUAGUUCUUUUUUAAGCAAAAAUGACAAAACUUCAUUAGUUUUCUGAAACUUAACUGAAUGUUUUCAGGCUGUUAAUUGAAUGAAAGGAUUUGGUUUUCAGACAUUUUAUUGACCCAACAAUUAAUUGAUAAAGUAAUGACUAAUGGCCUAAUACCUGCAUCAUAGACACUGUCUCAUUCUGGAUGUGGUUUUAACUUUCCGCUGAACUAAAUUUCACCUUUGCACAGAUCCUGAAACUUGCCAUCACUUCCUAAUUCUCAAGUACAUCGAGAAGGUCAAAAAGACUUGGUGGUAUUUGUUAGUCAAAUCCUUUUUAUGUCUUAAAAUCACAGCUUGACUAAGUUCAGUUUUAAUCAGUGCUGGCGUGGGGCAUGCUGACACCAGGUAGAUUUAUACACUGAAACAAGAUGAGGUAUUGUCUCUCUGACAGGAGCGGUCAUUACAGGGGCUUUGGCGCUGAAGCCCUGCGCACAGAGGCAGACUUUAGGAAACAAUGGACCAGGUGAUUGAUGAUCCAGAUGAGUGUGUCCUCUCAGCAGACCAAUUAACCUUGAUGAGGCUCUGGCCGCUCCAAGCCAAAUAUUUCCCUCUGCUUAUUUUCUCUCAUGCCUGCCUCUCCCCCGCCUCUCUCCUCUUUCUCUCCCCUACAUUUUAAGACGGAAAAGUCUUCUUAUAAUAGUUGCGGCAGGUUCCUCGUUGUGUGUACUGCAGAAUGGAGAAAUAUUUAUACCACGGGAUAUGGGGACAAUUCGGCAGAGUUUAUUAGCUUGUGGCAAUGGAUGACGUUUCCUCACUUCGGCAAGCUUUUAUACACUCACGUGUACAGACACAUUUACUCACACAAGAAUAUAAAGAAGUGCGCUAUAUGCAAACAUUGUUGUGGGUACCGAAGGUCGUAGUGUUCCCGCCUCCCAGCAGCAGUGUAUGUGUUGUGGGGGAGUGUGUUUGGCCGAGGUCUGGCUCUAGGACUGAUGGGUGGGCUGAAGGCCUGGCUGAGGUCUCUUCCUCUUUCUAUCUGCCUUACCUCCUACCCCCCCCCCCGUUGUAUUACUUUUCUGGCUCAAAAAACCUUCUAGCACUCUGCGUGGGAAACACGAUAAGCCAGAGCAUAAUACGACACACUGUAGCUUUGUCAUGUGUAAAUUCAGAGUCCGCUUGUGUGAGAGCAAGAGAUGCGACCUUUGAACAUAAACGCCACCUUUACUCCCAAAUCCACUUUGUCAUUAAAACUAAAUUCCUAACUUAAAAUGUGCGUUCACCUAGUGGUAUCUAUCCAUGCGGAUAGUUUUCGUUUUUAUUUGCACGGAGUGUGAAAUAGAGUUUUUUGCCUCCAUCCCAGUACAAUGGAAAUGAAAGAAAUUUCGUCUGUGUUGCUCAAAGCAUGAAAGUGAAAUUUAAUAAAAAUUCAACAGCCACACUUGUCUUUUGAAAACACCAUGUCCCAGUUGCUCUGGAUAAUCCACAGACCUUGCCAUGAUCAGUUCUCAUUGAAAUUACUUUUUACCAAAUAAAUAGUCUCUGUGAAAACUGUCCAAAAUGUGUUCUUUGGAUCCAGAAUAAUAGGGAGGCUGUUUUUUGUUUGGGGAAAGAGAAGCUGUUGUUGAAUCUCAUUAAAUGUAAUUUUAUGUGUGUUUUGAGCAUCACAAAUGAGAUUCCAUUUGCCUCUACUGGAUAUCUCAAAAUUUCACCACAUAAAAGAAGAACUACCUGAUUAGACGCUACAAGAGAAACCCAUCACUCUUUAUUUGAUAGUAGUAGAUGGUUGAGAUCCUCUAUCACAGAACAUGUCUUUUUAAUUUUUUUUAUAGCAUCUUUUAUGUUUUUUAGCAUCAGCUAACAGGCUAAUCUCAAUUAGGGCACGGCGAAUUUAUUUCAGAUAUUCAUAUCAGCAAAAUUGGUUAAACUUUGACCAAAUUGAUAUUAAAUCCCUGAAACUGGGUUCCAGUUCCAGGACGACAAGGUCCCAGAGCCGAAGGUGACGUCCUCAAAUGCCUGUCUCAGUCUAAAACUGAGAUAUUCAGAUUACUAUCUAAUCAGAGAAACUACUUCAGUAUAUCAAAGACUUUUUCUUGAUCUACUGUGGCUUGGAUUGCACCUUAUUUAUACAUCGCUUUGGACAACUGUGUCUGCUAAAUUUAUUAAUUGAAAAUAUAAAAAACAAAACAAACAAAAAAACGAAGAAAAACAGCAAAUUCUCAUGUUAUAUAGCUGAAACCAGACGAUGAUUGAUGUUUCUUGCUUGUAAAUUGACUUCAACUAUUGAUCAUUUAUUAAAAAGAGCUGCCCAUUAAUUUUCUGUCAAUCAGCUAAUUCGCGAGCAGCCAAAUGGUUUAAUCUCUAAUCAAUAAGCAAAUACAUGCAUGUAAAAUAAUGAAAUCGAUUUUCGAAUGCAAUAAACUGUGCUCCGCUGUGUAAUGCUUCACAUCAAGCAAAACUGUUGACAUGUAAAACCUUCUAUUACUCAUUUUAGUAACAAAACAUUGUUCAAAUCAUCAUGAUAGUUAUCACCCAUAUAUAUGAAUUAUAUUUUUACAUUUAAAACACCACACAAUAACACAAAAUUAAGGAUGAAUUAAUGAAACUAAAUAUCUUAUAAAACAAGAAUUUUGAAUACGUUAACUUGUGUCUUUGCGUCUAACGUUUGACAUUUUUACCUCUUUUCUGACACUUGAUACACUAAAUGAUAAAUCUAUAAUGAAAAGAAAAUUAUCUUAACCUCAUCUUCAGUUUUUAAUAGAUUCCAGGGCUCCGAUCGACUCCCUUAAAGGGACCGUCCAUGUUGCAACCCACAGAUUCAUAUGUUUAGUAGAGUGUGGGUUAAGUUUGGCCUCUUCGAAUCCCUCCAGAGAUGCCAGCACACUUCUCAGAUAUCCAUCCACAUGGCAGAUUCGAUUGCUGGCUGGCUGGCUGGCUGGCAGAGCUCCGGGCAGAGUGUUGGAGUCAGUUCAGCAGCGUCCUGGCAUGCCAUCUGGAGCGAGGAUGCCCCACCAGGGAGCUCCAAUGGGCCCCCCCGGCCCCCCGUAUGGAGGGAGCCCGGCGGUGCGGCCCGGCCUGCCCUCCCCGGUGAUGGAGCCCAGUCGUAAGAGGCCUGCCCCCUCCCAGCAGGUCCAGCAGCAGCAGCAGCAGCAACAGCAGCAGCAGGCCGUCCAGAACAGGACCAGAAAGAAGCCAGUCGGAUUCCCCGGAGCCAAUGAGAUGCCGGCGAGGCAGAUGGACAUGAGAGAGCCCCAAUCAGAUCCCACGCUCGGAUCAAAUGCUAAGAGAAGGAAAAUGGCAGACAAGAUUCUUCCGCAAAGGAUCCGUGAGCUGGUCCCCGAGUCUCAGGCCUACAUGGAUCUGCUGGCGUUUGAGCGCAAACUGGACCAGACCAUCAUGCGCAAACGUGUGGACAUCCAGGAAGCACUGAAGAGACCCAUGAAGCAGCAAAAGCGUAAACUGAGGCUUUACAUAUCCAACACCUUCAACCCUGCCAGACCCGAUGCUGAUGACUCAGAUGGCAGCAUUGCAUCAUGGGAACUGCGAGUAGAGGGGAAGUUGCUGGAUGACCCAGGGAAGCAGAAGAAGAAGUUCUCUUCGUUUUUUAAGAGCCUGGUGAUCGAGCUGGACAAAGACCUCUACGGUCCUGACAACCACCUGGUUGAGUGGCACCGCACGCCCACCACCCAGGAGACGGACGGCUUCCAGGUGAAGAGGCCGGGAGACGUGAGCGUGCGCUGCACUCUGCUGCUGAUGCUGGAUUACCAGCCUCCCCAGUUUAAGCUGGACCCUCGCCUGGCUCGCCUGCUUGGCAUUCACACUCAGACCCGCUCCUGCAUCAUCCAGGCCCUCUGGCAGUACGUCAAGACCAACAAGCUGCAGGACUCCCAUGACAAGGAGUACAUCAACUGUGACAAGUACUUCCAACAGAUAUUUGACUGCCCUCGGCUGAAGUUCUCUGAGAUUCCUCAGCGCCUCACCAACCUCCUCCUACCCCCCGAUCCCAUCGUCAUCAACCAUGUUAUCAGCGUGGAUCCCAACGACCAGAAGAAGACGGCCUGCUACGACAUUGACGUGGAGGUGGAAGAUCCCCUGAAGAGCCAGAUGAGCAGCUUCCUCCUCUCCACCGCCAACCAGCAGGAAAUCGCCUCGCUCGACAACAAGAUCCAUGAGACCAUCGAGUCCAUCAACCAGCUGAAGAUCCAGAGGGACUUCAUGCUCAGUUUCUCUAGAGAUCCCAAGGGCUACAUCCAGGACUGGCUCAAAUCCCAGAGCCGAGACCUUAAGUUAAUGACAGACGUAGUGGGGAACCCGGAAGAGGAGAGGAGGGCGGCGUUUUACCACGAGCCCUGGUCCCAGGAGGCCGUCAGCCGCUAUUUCUACUGCAAGAUCCAGCAGAGGAGACAGGAGCUGGAACAGGCCUUAGCUGUGCGCAACACCUAAACCAAGGCCCUCCUGAACCUCUGCAUCUGAUUACAGAGCUGUGUGUGCGUAUGUGUGUUUGGAUGUGUGUGUGAGACCAUCUCUGUAGUCUGGUGAAACAGUAUAACUCUAAAAAUGUCUGUAAUUAAAAAAACAAAACAGUGAUGACGAUGCAAUUUCAGAGGUUUUGAAAAUUAGAGAAGGAGGUUUUUUUUCCUCACGACAGCAGUGACGUGCUCGUACGGAAGCCCAAAUCUCAACGCACACUGCGUGUUCGAUUUGGGCAGGGCUGUGAGGACAUCAUCAGUAACCGCAUGUAUUCCCCCCAGUCAGAGGUCACGCCCUCAGACCGCAGGCAUCCUCAGCUUCACCGCCUAACAAACAAAACUUCCUCUUCGUCCUCCACUUUCCGCUUUGUAAAUAUGUCACAAAUACGUCAAGACAAACUGAGCCGGCUGCUCACACACACACACACACACACACACACAGCUGUGUUUUUGGAUUCUCAUCUCGAAGAGUUUGACUCUGUGUCCGACAGAAACGUAACCCAGUGCUGUGGAUGAGUCUUCAUAUUUAAUGUUUUUGGAACUGUUUUUUUUUUUUUUUUUUUUUGUAGGGGGGGUGUGAUUGUGUCUGUUAUUUUAAUUUGUUUUUCUGAAAGAUAAAUUGAUUAAUUACACCAGCAAAGACAAGAUUACAGUGUGACACACUGGGUUGCAGGGAAUCGAUGUUCUCUAUAAACCUGCGCACUGGAUUUCAUUCAUGUUCAGGUUUGAGUGAAUUCAUUGGAAAACCUCCCAUGUGUCUCGUUUUAGCCUCGUUCGCCAGUAAACUGUUUUCUUUUUACACUAAUUCCUACAACAGUAUUAGUCAACUGAACUAAAGUAUUAUCACAUUAACAGCUCUGUGUCUAUUUAUAGCAAGAAUAGUGUUUUAACGUAAGAGAAACAAGUAUUGAUCAUCAGAAUAAUUGUUUUUUUUCUUCCCUUAAUCAUAGAAAAAUUACUAAUAGGCCUGUGCAUGUUGGGACUUGUCGACUGAUUUGUUUUGUCAAAGUCGCUCACUGCCUCUUCCUUGUGUAGUAGUUUGCCAGUUAGUGUCCUGAAGGUGUUACCAAAGGUUGCAACAAGAAGAGAACACGAUCACUGAAAUAGGAAUGGGCAAAACAGAUCCUCACCUGGGUUUAACAGAAAUUGGAAAAACAAAUCUGAACAAUUUAUGUAGUUUCAGAGAGAAUUUACUCCCAAAUGUUUGCAUUUUGUAGCUAAUUAGGACUCACAUUUUUGUAAACAAACCCAUAACCUGGUAAAACGUAAGCCCAGAUCUGGAGAAUGUUGUCCAUUUCUACACUUUUAUGUUACAUGAAGAAGAAAAAUUUAGUUUUUUUCUUUUCUAGAGAUGUGAAUGUAAAUAUGUUUUGUUUUUUUCCCCAACUGGGGCCAACUGUAUAGUAUACGGCAGACUAUCUGUGUGUGUUUGUUUUGGGGGGAUUUGGGGAGGGCAGCGGGGGGGUGAGUUACAUGGUGCAGUAAUGGGAGCUCCAUGAGUUUUGAAUUAGUAGGGCAGGAAUGUUAGUGUUCCUCUGUGUACUAUCUUCGGUUGGGGUGGUUUAUUUUAGGUCCAUCCCGUAACUAUCGUGGGAGCUAGAAGCUGCGACAAACAAAGACUUCCCUUGCUUUCAACCUCAGUAGCUGUAACACAUGGUAAUAAUUUGCACCGAUCUCAUUUUACCAUUUAUUUUUUUAAAUGACACUUGACCUGUAUGUAUAUGUUGUAAUGUCAGAUGGAGGAUUUUUUUCUCUCAGCAGUCAGUUUCUAGCUGGAAACUUUUUUUGUGGGUUUCUUUGCAUUGUGCUGUAAUUCCUUUGUCGGGACUCUCUCCGUCAUGGGUGAGACUCUCUUUUUAUUAUCCCAGCAUACACAAGAAGUGAUUGGAUGAUUUAACGAUGACCUAUGCAUGCUCCAUGGACGUUAAUUAAUACAUCUGAGACCGUGUGUAAAUAUAAAAAGCUGGCAUAGCAGUCUGUGUGACAAGCGAAAGACUUGUUGAAAUGCCUUCUGGAAACUUUUUUGCCAAAAAUGAUAAGCCCUACCAGCAACUAAUUGUAGGUGUGAUUUUUCUGAACUGUGUUUUUGUUACUAAGUUAUAUUAACUGCACUCAUUAGAGGAGACACAGUAGUCAUUGGUAGUAUCUUAGUCAUGUGUCUGACCUGGAGUGAUUUGUCUUUUUAUGGAGGGGACAUUCACUUUGUUGUCAUACUGUCACUGAUUCACUAGCACCCUCUUGUGGAGGAAACUAAAAGCUGCAACUCCUGGGUGACUUCAGCUUUGAGCACCACAGUAUCAGAUUAUCUGACAAAACGUUAAGGGACGACUGUGUCUCCUGUUUCUGAACAUACUGUUGACAUGUUUGUCCCACUUCCUGCAUGUGUUUCUAAAGAGUGGGAUCUGCUCUUUCUCUGUUUACACUGUUGUCAGAGCGUCACCAACAGGAAGGUAAUAGUAUACAUAAUGCUGUAUAUCGGUUAAGAUUGGUAAGGUUAUUCUACAAAAAAAAGAAAAGAAAAAAGGGAAAACAGCUGUGACAUUUGCGAGACAGUCUGGAUGUAAAUAAAGAAGCGCUUGCCAAAGUUUGUAAAUGCCA